AUCUUCUUCUCUGUAAAUUUCACCAUUUCAACUCACCUGUAAGCUGUAAAUCCCGUUAAUUUCUAUAAUAAACUACAUAUACAUGCUAUACACGUUAUCUUACGUGUGUGUAUAUAUAUAUAAUAUAUAUAUAUUCUCAAAUCUUCAACUAUAGGGCGACGGACAUCAAUAUAAUAUAGUACGGAGUAUAUACAUACAUAUAUAUCUGAUUUAGAGAGCAGGGGGUGGGGGAUAUGGCGAUCCUUUAUGCGUUGGUUGGGCGGGGAUCAGUGGUGUUAGCAGAGCACAGCGCGGCGUCGACGAACGCCAGUGCGAUUGCGAAGCAGAUACUGGACAAUAUCCCCGGGAACGACGACACAAACGUGUCUUACUCUCAGGAUCGCUACAUUUUCCAUGUCAAACGCACCGAUGGACUCACCGUCCUCUGUAUGGCCGACGACGUCGCCGGAAGGAGAAUUCCCUUUGCUUUCCUUGAGGACAUUCAUCAAAGAUUUGUUAAAACCUAUGGAAGAGCAGUUCUCUCUGCACAAGCUUAUGCCAUGAAUAAUGAAUUCUCAAGAGUCCUCAACCAACAAAUGGAAUAUUACUCAAAUGAUCCAAAUGCAGACAGAAUAAACAGGAUUAAAGGCGAAAUGAGUCAGGUGCGCAAUGUCAUGAUUGAGAACAUUGAUAAAGUUUUAGAGAGAGGGGAUCGUUUGGAGUUGCUGGUUGAUAAAACUGAAACUAUGCAAGGAAAUACCUUUCGCUUUAGGAAGCAGGCUCGGCAGUUUAGAAGCACUGUAUGGUGGAGAAACGUGAAGCUUAUAGUUGCAGUGAUAGUCAUCCUGUUGGUGAUAGCUUAUGCGGUUUUGGCCUUCAUUUGUCAUGGUAUUACUCUUCCAUCAUGCCGGGGGAAGUGAGAAUCGUGGUUCAGAGUAUGGUCCUAAGUUGUCAUCUCGACAUGUGAUUCUUUGCACCGUUUCCUCAGGUAAAGUGCAAAUUUGUUUCUUCUUCUUUUUCUUCUUUGAGGGCAGCAUGGCAGAGCCAAUUCUAUAAACUUCCAUGCUUGUAUGUUUUAAAGUUUUAUGAAAAAAAAAUGAAAAAUACUACCACAUGACUGUGAUUUGAUGAGAUUAUAUGUUGUUAAUACCCUAUAUAUGAGGUGUAAGUUGCUUGUGAUCAUUCCAGUUUUCCAGUAUUGUCAAGCUCUGUUGAGGAACAUAGUAACUCUGACUCCAGUAAGAGUUUAUGAUGUAAAUGCUUAGCUAUAUUUCUGGAUUUUAUCUUUA